AUGGAUAACCUCUCCAGGUACCGUGGCAAAAUCUGGUUGGUCCUUUGCUUGUUCUUCGUUUGUUGGUAUUUCGUGAUUCACAAUGUUAAAUGGUACAAAUUCUCUCCUCCGACCACCGUUUUCCGCCGUCCCGUCGACGAUAUAGAUUCAACCACGACGUAUCUCGCCGCCGCAAGAUCCGGCAAUGACGAUGAGAAACAAGGCGGCGGUGGCGGCGGCAGCGAUGAGAAGACGAAUCUUGUGUCGAUCGAUGGCGAGAUUGAUUGGGUCCACGACGAGGCUCAAGUGCGAGCUCUCGAGAAGGAAUUGGAACCUGUGCUUCAGAAAUUCAAACCAAAACCGAUGGAGAAGAAGAAACAGGCGGUGGAGACAUUGAUCGAUAGAGUAGCGGAACAAAUGGGGGGAACGCUAACGAGACGAUCAGCGUGUUCCGGCCGGUAUAUUUACGUUCACAAACUUCCGUCGAGAUUCAACGAUGACAUCCUCGAAGAUUGUCGAUCGUUUAACAAAUGGCAGGAUAUGUGCCCUUCUAUCGAUAACAUGGGUCUCGGUCCAAAACUCGGCAAUCCUCAACGGGUUUUCUCCAAAUCGGGUUGGUAUUCGACGAAUCAAUUUCUACUCGAAGUCAUUUUCCGCAAUCGAAUGAAGCAAUACGAGUGUCUCACCAACGAUUCAUCGAUUGCGUCCGCCGUUUACGUGCCGUAUUACGCCGGUCUCGAUGUUUCCCGAUACCUGUUUGAUCACAACACCUCGUCUCGAGAUGCACUUUCGCUUGACUUGGCCGAAUGGUUGCAUGGAAGACCGGAGUGGAAGACGAGAUCCGGCAAGGAUCACUUCCUCGUGGCCGGAAGAAUCAUUUGGGAUUUCAGGCGGGAGAUCGACGACGAUGAUGCAUGGGGAAACAAACUAAUGGUGUUACCGGAGCUAAAAAACAUGACGAUUUUAACAAUCGAAAAAAGCCCGUGGCAUAACGAUGAUUUUGGGAUACCGUACCCGACAUAUUUCCACCCACGAAACGACAACGAAAUCGUCGAAUGGCAAAACAAGAUAAAGAGACAAAAAAGACGCUCGUUGUUCUGUUUCGCGGGGGCCCCACGUCCGAAAAUGGAAGAUUCGAUCCGGAACGAGAUCAUCGAGCAAUGCGUUGCAUCCCCCCGAAAAUGCCGACUGCUACAAUGUUCGUACGGGAAUCUGAGAUGUCAACAACCCGUUGACGUGAUGAAACUCUUUCAAAGUUCCAUCUUCUGCUUACAACCUCCGGGUGAUUCAUACACCCGAAGGUCAACUUUUGAUUCCAUUCUAGCCGGUUGCAUUCCAGUGUUUUUCAACCCCGGAUCGGCUUACAUUCAGUAUCUAUGGCACUUACCACGAGAAUUCGAGAAAUACUCGGUUUUUAUCGACGAGGACGACGUGAAAGUGAAAAACGUGAGCAUCGACAAGAUUUUAUCGCGGAUUUCGACUAAGAAGGUGUCGGAGAUGCGAGAAAAAAUAAUCGAGUUGAUCCCGAACCUCGUUUACGCGGAUCCGAGGUCGAAAUUAGAGAAAUUUAACGAUGCGUUUGAUUUGAGUGUGAAAGGGGUUUUGAAACGAAUGGAUUAUCUUUCGAAAAAUACGUCGAGUUUGGAUUUUGAUCAGAAAUUUAGUUGGAAGUAUUUGUUGUUUGGAAGUGUACAAAACCAUAAAUGGGAUCGGUAUUUCCGGUACUCUAUGAAUCACAAAGUCAAAAAGCAAACGGAAAUGUUUUAA